CAUAAACAACCACAGAACCACAAGUUGGGUACAGAGGCAGUCACACAAGAGCGGGUCCGGGAUAUUGGUCAGCAGGCAGGGCGAAUCGUUUUGACUGCAAACCACAGAGUUUCGUAGAGUGGUAGAAGAAAUCAUAUAUUCCUUCACUGUAAAGAGAGAGUGAGUUUUAAAGAGGAAACAAUGGCUUCAAACAGCAUAUUUGAGUCACUUCCUUCUUACCAGCACUUCUUGAGAGAUACCAGCACCAGCCGCCGCUUCACGCCGCCCUCCACCACGCUGAGCCCGGGGAAGAUGACAGAGCCGCUGCCGCUGCCCGGCGCCGACCACAGCGGCGCCUUACCGGGGAAGCUGCGCAGCGCCGACCGCAGCAUGGUGGAGGUCCUGGCCGAUCACCCCGGGGAGCUGGUGCGCACCGACAGCCCCAACUUCCUCUGCUCCGUGCUGCCCACCCACUGGCGCUGCAACAAGACGCUGCCCAUCGCCUUCAAGGUGGUGGCCUUGGGAGAUGUGCCCGAUGGAACACUGGUGACGGUGAUGGCUGGAAACGAUGAAAACUACUCUGCAGAACUCAGAAACGCCACAGCUGCCAUGAAAAACCAAGUAGCAAGGUUCAACGACCUCCGAUUUGUGGGAAGAAGUGGAAGAGGGAAGAGCUUCACGCUGACUAUCACGGUCUUCACAAAUCCGCCACAAGUAGCCACAUACCACAGAGCCAUCAAGAUAACGGUGGAUGGACCUCGCGAACCCAGAAGACAUCGUCAGAAAAUAGAUGAGCAGACAAAGCCUGGGAGCUUGUCCUUUUCAGAGCGCCUGAGUGAACUGGAGCAGUUGCGUCGUACGGCCAUGAGGGUCAGCCCACACCACCCAGCCCCCACACCCAACCCACGAGCCUCCUUGAACCACACCACUGCUUUUAACCCUCAGCCUCAGAGUCAGAUUCAGGACACAAGGCAAGUGCAGCCAUCUCCGCCAUGGUCCUACGACCAGUCCUACCAGUACCUGGGCUCCAUUGCCACCCCCUCCGUGCACCCCGCCACGCCAAUAUCACCCGGCAGGGCGAGCGGCAUGACAUCCCUCACCGCAGAGCUUUCAAGCCGGCUGUCCAGUGCUUCUGACUUGACUGCGUUCAGUGACCCUCGGGUGGGAAUCGACCGCUCCUUCUCGGCGCUCCCCUCCAUCUCCGACCCUCGGAUGCACUACCCGGGAGCGUUCACCUACACGCCAACGCCCGUCAGUUCAGGGAUAGGAAUCGGUAUGUCUGCCAUGUCCACGGCCACGAGAUACCACACUUACCUCCCGCCUCCCUACCCUGGCUCAUCACAGGCCCAAGGCAGCCCGUUCCAGACCAGCUCACCCUCCUACCACCUCUACUACGGAACCUCCGCCGGCUCCUAUCAGUUCUCCAUGAUCUCGGGGGGAGACCGGUCCCCGCCACGCAUCCACCCCCCCUGCACCAACGCCUCCACGGGAUCGACGCUCCUCAAUCCCAACCUCCCCAACCAAAGCGAUGUGGUCGAGGCAGAAGGGAGCCACAGCAACUCCCCCACUAACAUGGCCACCACAGCCAGGCUAGAGGAAGCGGUGUGGCGACCAUACUGAAUGAAUUCUUAAGUAGUUAUGGGCCAGAACUAACGUGCUUUUCAUUUCCCGGUGCCCGUAGGUAUCCCAUAAACACCCGUCUUGCUUAUGGGCCCUGCCAUCUUCAUACAUCACUUUGAGAAGGAAACCCUCCAGAAGCCAGCGCUCCCAGGAGCGGUGGCCUGCAUUAGCCAGCCCCGGGCCAAGCGACAUUGCUCCAGCAAAGCAUCCCUUGCCGGGGCUGAGCUUCUGGAAAGGAGGACGCCUGAGUUGGUGGUCCGGAGGUAGUGAGGUUGGGUAGAAAAAUAUCCAGUCUGUUUCCAGGCCAGUGGCAAUCUAACCUGCCUGAGCUUGAAGGUCUCCACAGCCCUAAAGAGAAUUUCGGUUCACUUCUAUUUUUAAGACUUAAUACC